AUGGGCUCGACGUUGCCGGAGGAGCUCAUUGCAUCGAUCUCGCAACAAUGGCACUGUAGAGACCUGCAAAUCAGACAACUGAUUACUUUGCUCUGCCCUACUUUACCUUCACCACCAGCCAUUUUUAUUCAUGGACCACAGGGGUCUGGGAAGUCGAGCGUGGUGCGCACAAUCCUUGAAGAAUAUGGGAGGCAUGCCGGGUGCGGUUCUCAACCGAACGUUUCGUCCAAAGAUACCAUGAGAAAGAGAAAGCAGAAGGGCGUACAGGGCCCGCCAGGUGACCAUUCGACAAAGGCACUCUUUCUCUCAUCGACUAUUAGAGUCGCGGAAUGUAUUACUGCACGGCAUCUAUUGGUGAAGAUUGUGACUAGCGUGAUCGCAGCGAUACAAAAUGCGACCUGGCCGGUAUUUAGUGAUGGCGCGGAGAAAGAGUGGCUGAAGAUCAUUGACACGGUCCGGUGUGAGCAUGUUAGCACACUACCUGCUGUCUUGAGCGGCAUUCUUGGGAAGACGAGGUGCGAGAAGUAUGUGCUUCUGUUGGAUGGGGUGGAUGAGCUUCGAGAAGGCGGGCAAAUGCUGCUGGCGGCAUUAGCAAGAAUGGGAGAGAUGGUCCCUUCGUUAUGUGUCAUAUUUGCGUCGAGAUUUACGCCCCGUCCUCUGUUCCUGCAAGUUGCAGGCGUGCCACAUAUCUAUUUCCCGCCAUAUUCUCGAAAUGAGAUGCUUGCCAUACUUUCAAGGUUGUUGCCUCCACCUGUGGCUGAUCUCCCCGAAGAGAUCGCAACGAAACUAUACUCUCUCUUCCUAGCGACGCUGUACGACUCCUUGGUUGGCCCUGCUGCGGGUACAGUUCCUUUUUUUCGGUCUGCAUCUGAAAAGCUCUGGCCGAAGUUCGUGUCUCCAAUUGUUAAUCAAGAAAAUCCACCCGGCGGCGAGUGGGAUUUCUCUAAAUUACUUGUUAAAAACCGUGCUCUGUUUCAGCAGCAAGGCGAACAUAUUCUCGUCCAUCAUAUCGUGUCCGAAACCCCUUCAUCCACUACGAAUGGUACGUCAUCUCUCACGAAGACUACGAUUCAACUGCCAGCAUUUCCCUAUCUACCAACUCUCGUCCUCACAGCGGCGUUUCUGGCCGCGUAUAUACCCCAGCGUCUCGAUACAGUGUUUUUUUCAAAGUUCACAAGUUCAAAGAAGAAGCGGAUUCGUCGUCGAGGCCGGUUCAACCUUGCAUCUCAGUUGCAAGGCCAAGAUCAAGAUUUUGAUGACCCAAUUCAAACACCAACCAAAAGCAGUAAAAGAUCAGGGGCGCAGUCCCGAGUCACUAAGUCUACGCCGGCAUCGUCAUUGUCGCUCCUCGGCUCUCGUAAAGGAAUCACAAACUUUCUGACCCCACGGCCAUUCUCUCUGGAACGCCUCCUCGCAAUAUAUCACGCCAUUGAUCCGAAUCCAUCUCUCGUGGCAUUACCCGUUGCAGACGCGAUUUCUCCGGAGAUAGCUACGCUGCAGCGACUGAGAUUGCUUGUCCCGGCGUCUUCUGCAGCCGCUGCAUCUGGUGGUGCAAUUGAUGGAGGAGAGAAAUGGUGCUUGAACGUGAAUAUUACGGUUAGCUCGAGCGCGUCGGUCAAUGAAGGAUGGAUUGUGGAAAUGGCCAGGGGUAUUGGGGUCGACAUUGACGAAUAUUUGGCGAUUGAUUGAUUGGCCAUUAUUUGCGAAUAUUAUGCUUAGAUGGAUAACAAGCGAAGAAUGCAUGUCUUGAAAUAUCAAUUGUCUGGCUUGGCUUGUUGAUAAAUCAGUGUGCUCCCGGUCCCACGGCCUUGUCUUCCACCACCCCCCACUUCCCUCUCCCAGAGUUAAGUGGUUUCUGAACAGCGGAGGGCACGAGGAACAUCGCGCGAUGAGUUUGGGUACUCCAGGCUGACUGCGAAACAAGUCGAAAGCCAGCACAAAAAUAAGUACACUUGGCAGAGUGGAAAACUUAGGUGUGCCUGUGCUGAGCCUUGUUUUUGUUUUAUUUUGAGUGACUCUGGAGCUUGUUCCUCAGCGCUAUUUCUUUGUCUUGCAUUCACUUCGGGUCGGCCAUGCUGUUGACGCAUUCACCUGAGUUCCAUGGUUGUCCAUACUCCAUAUGGACGUCAUAAAUAUGGCAUAUAGCAUG